GUUCAUGUGGUGAUUCUGGUUGCUGAACCCAGAAAUGCCGCGAGUUAGGCACUGGAGCCCUGGUCACUCUGCGCCUUGAGCAUAUACGAGAGGCGGGGUAAAUCCUACCCGGCAGACGUUGGACUCGGGACCUGCGCAUAUACAUAUCGGCUUCUUUCUUGAUAAGCUGGCGGACCAAGUCGCAGAGUCGCUCUUAUCCUCCUUACUUGAGUUUGUUGGCCAUGCCUUUCCUCGAGCACCAAGGCGCGAAUCUAUUCUACACAAGCCACGGCAGCGGACCACCAGCUCUGCUCUUGCAUGGCUGGGGCUGCGACUCGAAUGACUGGAGCUUUCAGAUCCCGUUCCUCACUUCGCUCGGUCUGCGCGUUAUAGCACUCGAUCACCGCGGUCAUGGCUGUUCCAGCGCACCAGCCGAUAUCAACAGCUACGCAGCGCGUACAUUAGUAGAAGACGCAAUCGCCUUGCUGAACCAUCUUCAGAGUGGCCCAGUCACCCUGAUCGCACACUCGAUGGGCACGGUCACUGCAUCCAUUCUUGCGGCGGAGCAUCCUGACGCCGUCAAAGCGCUCGUGCUCGUCCAUCCGAUCUACAGCGGCGUGCCACCAGCAUUGCCGCGGAUGGGCGAGGCGAUGCAGAAGGACAUCGGACGCGCACCGGAACUGGCGGUAGAGUUUUUCGAGAAGCUCAUGUACACGCCCCGGACGCCGGAAUGGCUGAAGACGUGGCAACUCCGCCGACUGCUUGGGACGGAUCCAGUAGCGCUUGCCGGAUGUGUCGUCGGCCUAGUUGGCACUUUCGGAUCGGUAAUGGGACAGAGUGAGGAGGCCAGGAUGUUUAUGCGUAAGAGAGAGUGUCCUAGGCUUGCUGUGUGCACCACGGUGUUGGAGGCUGAGGCACCAGCGGGGUGGGAAAGGGAGGUCGGCCUAAAGGAGGGAAGGGACAAGGUCGAAGUCCUUACUGAAGGCGUCUUUUCGCACAUGGUGGAGAGCGACAAGUUCAAUCAAGUUCUGGGCGAUUGGCUGCGAGAGAGGAGCCUUCUUUCGUCAUAGUGGCUCUGACUAAGCAAUGGCAGACCGUGCGGCG